GCCACUUCCGCUUCCGGUCCGUCGCCUCCGGUUGCUUCCCGUCCGCUCAGCGGCUCCCCUCCCCCGCCCGGCUCUCUGCGCCCCUCCCGGGCGCCGGGGCGGCGGGGCCGUCGGCGUGCGGCCCACUCCGUGCUUCCGUCGGUGCACCCGAGUGCGCCUGUCCGUCCGCCGCCCGCGGCCAGGCGCGCGCCCCGCGACACCGAGGCCGAGCGGGGGCAGGGGGUUGCCCGCCAUGACCCCCCGGAGCCCGGCGUGAGGGGCCGAGUCCUCGCGCUCCUCCCUGCAGCCCGGGGCCCCCCUGUGCCCUCCCGCGGGUUCUCGGGAGCCGGGCUCCGCGGGCAGGCCCCAUCCGUGCUCGCCGGCCUGUGGUAUAUCUGGGGUGACACCCCGGCCCCCUCGCCCGCCAGGUUGGGGCUGUGGGUGUGCACGGACGUGGCCCUGCGGUCCGCCGCCCGGAGCUCUGGAUUCCAUGAUUGCUCACAGAUCCCGACCCGCGCUCUGUGUUCUGGUCUUUCCUCCUCAGAUGUGGUGACCCAGCAGCCCCUGCCGCUGUCUGCUUCUUCGAGCUUCCUCCUCUCUCUACACCCCAAGGGGCUCGCCACCACCUGCCACCAUGUCGACCUCGUCCCUGCGGCGCCAGAUGAAAAACAUAGUCCACAACUACUCGGAGGCCGAGAUCAAGGUCCGAGAAGCCACAAGCAACGACCCCUGGGGCCCAUCCAGCUCCCUAAUGUCUGAGAUCGCGGACCUCACUUACAACGUUGUUGCUUUCUCUGAGAUCAUGAGCAUGAUCUGGAAGCGGCUCAAUGACCAUGGCAAGAACUGGCGGCACGUCUACAAGGCCAUGACCCUGAUGGAGUACCUCAUCAAAACCGGCUCGGAGCGUGUGUCUCAGCAGUGCAAGGAGAACAUGUAUGCUGUGCAAACGCUGAAGGACUUCCAGUAUGUGGACCGUGAUGGCAAGGACCAGGGUGUGAACGUGCGUGAGAAGGCCAAACAGCUGGUAGCCCUGCUGCGUGACGAGGACCGGCUGCGAGAGGAGCGUGCCCAUGCGCUCAAGACCAAAGAGAAGCUGGCACAGACUGCCACUGCCUCCUCAGCAGCGGUGGGCUCCGGGCCCCCACCCGAGGCAGAACAGGCGUGGCCACAGAGUAGCGGGGAGGAGGAGCUGCAGCUCCAGCUAGCCCUGGCCAUGAGCAAGGAGGAGGCUGACCAGCCCCCGUCCUGCGGCCCCGAGGAUGACGUCCAGCUCCAGCUGGCCCUUAGUUUGAGCCGAGAGGAGCACGACAAGGAAGAGCGGAUCCGCCGCGGGGAUGACCUGAGGCUGCAGAUGGCUAUAGAGGAGAGCAGGAGGGAGACCGGUGGCCAGGAGGAGUCAUCCCUCAUGGAUCUUGCUGAUGUUUUCACAGCCCCGGCUCCACCACCAGCCUCAGACCCCUGGGGCGGCCCAGCGCCCAUGAGUGCCCCUACCUCAGACCCUUGGGGUGGGGCCCCUGUCCCUCCAGCUGCUGAUCCCUGGGGUGGUCCGGCCCCUACACCAGCCUCUGGGGACCCUUGGAGGCCUGCUGCCCCUGCGGGGCCCUCAGUUGACCCUUGGGGUGGGACCCAGGCCCCUGCUGCUGGAGAGGGGCCCACGCCUGACCCAUGGGGGAGCUCUGAUGGUGGGGCCCCAGCUGGUGGACCCCCUGCCUCUGAUCCCUGGGCUCCAGCCCCGGCCUUCUCGGACCCCUGGGGAGGGUCACCUGCCAAGCCCAGCACCAAUGGCACUGCAGCAGUGGGGUUUGAUGCUGAGCCAGAUGAGUUCUCUGACUUUGACCGACUGCGCACAGCCCUACCGACCUCUGGGAGCAGCACAGGAGAGCUGGAGCUGCUCGCUGGAGAGGUGCCCCCCCGCAGUCCUGGGGCAUUCGACAUGAGUGGGGUCGGGGGCUCUCUGGCUGAGGCUGUGGGGAGCCCCCCACCCACAGUUGCUCCAACCCCCCCACCGCCCACACGGAAGACACCAGAGUCAUUCCUGGGGCCUAAUGCAGCCCUCGUUGACCUGGACUCGCUGGUCAGCCGGCCAGGCCCCACGCCGCCAGGAGCCAAGGCCUCCAACCCCUUCCUGCCAAGCGGAGCUCCGACCACUGGCCCUUCCGUCACCAACCCCUUUCAGCCCGCGCCCCCUGCGACGCUUACCCUGAACCAGCUCCGGCUCAGCCCUGUGCCUCCGGUCCCUGGAGUACCACCGACAUACAUCUCUCCCCUUGGCGGGGGCCCCGGCCUGCCCCCUAUGAUGCCUCCAGGCCCCCCAGCCCCCAACACUAACCCCUUCCUCCUAUAAUCCGGGGGGGGGGAUUUGGCCUGGCCUGGCUUCCCCCAUUUCUGCUCCUUGAGAGACCAGUGUUGUGAGUGCAUGUGAAGCGGGGGGACCCCCGCCCCCACCCCAGCACCCUCCCCCUCCUGGGGCCCACUCACACUACACCCUCUUCCAUGUCCCCCCACCCCACCUCCCUGGAGACAAACUGGACAUGGGGGAUGGGGAGGGGUGCUGGCCAGAGGAGGACCCCUUUCCUGUGGCAUUAGAAAGGGGAGGGACAGCUGGGGGUCCCCCCACCCUUCCCCCUCCCUCCCAACUGGCCCCUCAAUCAGUGUUUGAGCCUCCUCGUCCCCGUUCGCACCCCUUGGUGAAUCCUUGGUGAUAAUUUUGGCAACUUCAGGAAUAAAUGGCAAUUCUCACGA